UGGGGGCGUGCUCGUGCGAGGAAACUAUGAGGUGAGGCGGAGAAAAAAAGAAAUGGAUAAUAAAAAAAAGUAGAGCGGAGUUUCUUGAAUACGCGGUAGCUUUUAUUUGUGUAUGACUAGUAUGAGCAAUAGGUUAUUCUAGCCUCUUCUAGAACUACCAGAACCAUUAGCUUAUGUUCCCUCUCUCCUCUUUUCCUUUCUUUUCUUAGACUAUAUAGAUAUAAUUCUGCUCACACAAAUAUAUUAAGGUUCCAUUUACGACAGUUAUUCAAGCAAGACAUAACAAGGUUUUGUUACUAAACCUAUAUAAUAGAAAGGUAGAAGGAGACGAAAGAAGGGUUGACGAGGAAGAUGUGUUUAGUGUUUGUGUGUGGAAAGGAUGAACAAGUGGUGUCAAGGCAGGCUGCACCUGGGUCGUGUCCUUAUUGUGGAGGGAUGAUCCAAGCUGUGGACGUAGAUAGCCACUGGAAUUUCUGUUUCAUACCUUUGUAUAGCAAAACCAAACGCAGGCACUAUUGCACCAUGUGUUCCAGAAAACUCUUGGUCAAGUAGCUCUACCCAUCAUUAUUCAUCAUCAGCCGAGGAAUAAGCUAUUAGUAGCACUUUUUUUUUACGGUUUUCAUUUACUGUUUACCAUGUACAAUGUGUUGUAAAUAGACAUAUGAUAUAAGUUUAAUGAGGGCCAUAUGAUAUAACACAGUAAUCGCCUGGAAUAAUUUUACAAAAUACAGAUUGCAGAAGCCAAA